AUGAGGCAACUUUUCAACCCAGUGUUUCUCAUACAGUUUUGGGUGUUGGCAACAUUUGCUAUCAAAAAUCCCAUCAUUCCAGGAUGGAACCCUGAUCCCUCUAUCAUUCGCGUCGGUGAUGAAUAUUUCCUCGCGACAUCGUCGUUCGAGUACUGGCCCAGUACCCCAAUUUACAAAUCGAAGGAUCUUGCCAAUUGGCAGCUCUACUCGCACGCAUUUACAAGGCCUAGUCAAGCUCAAUUAUAUGGCGUCCCGACAGGUGCUGGUACAUGGGCGCCGACACUGUCGCUUGUGGAUGGUAAAUACUAUAUGGCUUCCAUGACAAGAUGGACCUAUGAUCCUGUUGCGCGGGUAUGGCCUCGUGUCAUGUGGGUGUCGUCCCACGACCUCAAGACAUGGAUCUGGGGAAUAUAUCAAUGCGAAGUCAAUGUGGAUAGUGGCCGGUGUAUUGGCGAAUACCGCUCGUUGUGGAAUGGGACCCUGCCGCAUAAUUCAUCUGCCAGACCCGAAGGUCCAAAAAUUUUCAAACGAGAUCAUUGGUAUUAUCUUCUCAUUGCUGAAGGGGGCACGGACGAUCUCCAUCGAGCUUCUAUUGCGCGCUCCGCUUCACCUGAGGGGCCCUGGGAGGCAGCACCGAACAAUCCGAUUCUGUUCAACGGUGCGUACGGAUAUGAUAACCUCACAGUACAGUCGACUGGUCAUGCCACUCUUUUUGAUACACCAGAAGGCGAGAGCUAUGUAGCAUUCUUGGCUCGGAGAAAGAUCAAUGGCACAUCACCACUUGGACGAGAAACCUUCCUUGCUCCAGUCCAGUGGAAAAAUGGAUGGCCUAUUGUCAAUGGAGGACAGCCAAUUCGACUCACUCAAUCGUUCGGUAAUGCAACGGACCAAGUUUUACCUCCAAAACCAUUCACGGACAAUUUUGAUCGUGCAAAUCUUGAUCCCUCGUGGUAUCAGCUACGAAUUCCAUAUACGACAAACUUCAUGACGAAAGGAAAUGGCGCCAAUGGGAUUACUUUCAAGCCAAACGUGUUUGGUCUGAGCGACAGAGAUACCCCGGCAGCCAUUUUACGGAAGCAAACAUCAUUGAAUAUGACUUUCAGUGCGCAACUCCUACCAACCAACUCUGGCCUUGGAUACGGGGAGACAGUCGGUAUCAGUGCCUACUUGAGCGAACUUCAACAUCAAGAUAUUGCUGUCUCCGGAUGUGUCAAUAGCACGGGGAUGUGCAUAGUUACUCGGCUGAUGAUGAACACCACGACUGAGUACGAUCAAGUGCGAUUGAAUUCGACGUCCAUUGCGUCUGAUAUGACGCUUCAUAUUCGAGCUGAACCGCUGUCCUACACCCUUGGCUAUAGCUUCGGAAUUAACGGUACAAAGCAUUGGCUGAAAGAACUGCCGUCUUCCUGGUUAGCAUUUGCACCUACGAAUUGGUUUGUUUUUGAGGGUGCCAGUUUUGCUCUUUUCGCAACUGGAACGGGUCAACCCUGGCCGCCUCAUGCCCCAGAAGUGGGAUUCUCUAAGGUUACGGAGACAUACUAUGAGGAGGAUAUACCGGACUACGAUAAAUGGUAG